GUAAACACAGCAGUCAUGUGACUGCAAGCAACAUUCAAUAGUAAAGCAAAGCUGGCCAGUGUUGUUACAGAAGGAGCAUUUGGCAUAGCCUUCAGCCUCUGGAACUAAAUCUAGUUUAGGAUGCCUACUCUUUAGAACUCUUAAUUUUGGUUAUUAAAAAUUGUACCAGGGAUGAUGUGACCUCCAAAAGGGCAUGCAAAAAGAAAAUUUCAUCAUGCGGAUUAACAAAGUAUAUCAAACUAAAAAAAAAAAAAAAAUAAUAAUAAUGUGGAUUUCCUCUCACAUUUAUCUAUAAUUAUAAAAUGUAUUAUUGUUAUUAUUAUUUAAAUGGUCUGCUGCAAGGCAGGUCAGGGGCAGUAAUAUAAAAGGUGUUUUUGUGUUCACCCUGGAGUCAAAUUCCACCGAGGUGAACUUGCUGAGUCAAAUGCUCAGGGUCCUGUUUAUAAUCAAGACUCCCGAGACUUCAAGUGUUCAGUGUGUUCCCAGUGUUUUUCAAAAGAGAGCUUACUACAGCGCCAUCUACGGGAGCAUGAACACAGUGACAAGCCCCACCGGUGUGACAUGUGUCCCUUGUCAUUUAAUGUGGAAUUUAACCUCAUUCUUCACAAGUCUACUCAUGUGUCCUCUGACCCUCAGUGUCCAGUAUGUAAUAAGAAGUUCUCCAGAGUGGCCAGUCUCAAAGCUCACAUUAUGCUACAUGAAAAAGAAGAGAACUUGAUAUGUUCAGAGUGUGGGGAUGAAUUUGUUCUGCAGAGUCAGCUAUCAAUGCAUCUAGAAGAUCACAGAAAGGAGCUGUCUGGUAACAAAGUUUAUGACUGCAAAUUGUGCAGAAAAGAAUUUAAACUGGCAUCACUUUUGAAAGAACAUAUGAAGACACAUUAUAAAAUAAGACCAGUUACUGGAAAUACAAGAAAUUUCAAAAGAACUAUUGACCGAAGUGGCUUUACAAAUAGAUGCCAACAUUGUGGAAAGACAUUCAAAAAACCAAGCCAACUUGUCCGUCAUGUUAGAAUACAUACAGGUGAGAGGCCUUUUAAAUGCACUCACUGUGGGAAAGCUUUUAACCAGAAGGUGGUGCUACAAACCCAUAUGAUUCGGCACACUGGGGAAAAACCUCACUUCUGCACCUUUUGUCCUGCUUCCUUUUCGCAAAAGGGUAAUCUUCAUUCGCACAUUCAGAGAGUCCACUCAGAGUUAAAGGGUAUUCCUGCAUUUCGAUGUUCAGAUUGUAGUUGUGUCUUCAAAAAACUUGGCAGCCUAAAUGCACACAUAAGUAAAAUGCACAUAUCUCUCAUUGAAAGUUCUCAGACACAAGAUGGAACAGUGACAGGCCACACUGUACCCCCAGCCGAGGGCUCUGGGGGAGUCACAGAUGUGAUUCAGCAGCUGCUUGAACUCUCUGAGCAAGUGACAGGAGAGAAUGGGCAUACCCAGCAUCCUGAAGCACCAAUUAGCAUGGAAGCAGGGCUCAAUCAGGACAUCCUUCAGCAAGCUUUGGAGAACAGUGGCUUGAGUGCCAUUCCAGUUCAAUCCCAAUCCCAUACCAGUAACUUGUCCCGGACCACCAGCUCCCAGAGUCAUGCUCAGGAACCCAGCGUUGUCAAUCAGCAAGUGGACCGUUUAGAGACAGAAAAGGAGAUCCAUGCAGACAAACUGAAAAAAGAAAAGAAAGUAGUUUAUAAAAAGACUUUGCAAAUGCCAGGGUCUAUCCGGGAAGAAAAUGGCGUCAGGUGGCAUGUGUGUCCUUACUGCUCCAAAGAAUUCAAGAAACCCAGCGACCUCGUAAGGCAUAUUAGAAUCCACACACAUGAGAAGCCUUUCAAGUGCAAGCAGUGCUUUCGUGCCUUUGCUGUCAAGAGCACUCUGACGGCUCACAUGAAAACACACACUGGCAUAAAAGCUUUUAAAUGUCAAUAUUGCAUGAAGUGCUUUUCCACCUCAGGGAGUAUGAAGGUUCAUUUGCGUUUACAUACAGGUGUGAGACCAUUUCCUUGUCCACACUGCGAUAAGAUUUUCCGCACUUCAGGACACAGGAAGACCCACAUUGCUUCCCAUUUUAAAAACAAUCAGACAAAAAAGCAGAAGUACCCCCGCAAGCCUCAGAAAGUACGAGUGGUGAAGAAUAAUCUCCCAGUGCCUGACAUCCCACUUCAAGAGCCUAUCCUCAUCACUGAUUUUGGCCUUAUUCAAAACCAAAAUCCCCGUGGCAACCUAUCAUUUCAACAUUAUUUAAACUUAGAAAAUGAGAGGCCUUAUAAAUGUCACUUCUGCAACAAAGCUUACAAGAAGUCAAGCCACCUUAAGCAGCAUGUUAGAUCCCACACAGGGGAAAAGCCAUUCAAGUGUCUUCAGUGCAGCAAAGGGUUUGCUUCAUCUGGAGUUCUCAAAGCUCAUAUCCGAACACAUUCUGGACUGAAGGCGUACAAGUGCCUGGUAUGUGACAGCACCUUCACCACAAGUGGCAGUUUGCGACGGCACAUGACCAUCCACAGUGACAUUCGCCCAUAUAUGUGCCCUUACUGUCAAAAGACUUUUAAGUCUUCCCCGAACUGUAGAAAGCAUAUGAAAACGCACAGAUAUGAGCUUGCCCAGCAAAUCCAACAACAUCAACAACAGCAAAACUCCCUGGAUGAUGGAAUUGCCCAGCAGGCAGUUACCUCAGAGAUGCAGGUUGAAAUUGAGGGUGAUGACCUGCAGCAAUCCACCUCUGUGAGUGCAGAGUCACAGACCAUAUUAAGCCUUACCCAGCAACAAGUGGUGGCUACCCAGCAAACGGACCUGGACCAGCAGCUGACAGAUCAACCUCUUGUGCAAGAUGAAGAUACCUUUGUGACCUCCCAGCAUGCUCUCCCACAGAAUAUGAGCCAAUUUGAACAGCAGGCACUUCCCCAGCAAGCAUUUGACCAGCAGGGAUUAUCACAAGGGUUUACAAUAGCAGAUGGCUAUAAUCAACAGUCUCAGUAUUCAGCUGUGCAGCAGCUACAGGAUUCAAGCACUUUGGAAUCUCAGGCACUCUCUUCCAGUUACCAUCAGCAAAACCUGCUUCAGGUUUCCAGCACAGAAGUAACAAAUCGUCUCCUACAGGAACCUCCCCAAAAUGACUUGCAUCUGCCACCUGAAAGGACAGAUUAUCAGGAAGAAAAUGAAGAACACAGCAGACGUGCAUACAGAUGUGCUUAUUGCAAUAAAGGUUUUAAGAAGUCCAGCCACCUGAAACAACAUGUACGCUCCCACACUGGCGAGAAACCUUUCAAAUGUAAUCAGUGUGGCCGAUGUUUUGUGUCUGCUGGAGUGCUCAAAUCUCAUUUCAAGACCCACACAGGUGUCAAGGCCUUCAAAUGCAGUGUGUGUGAUUCUUCAUUCACCACCAAUGGCAGUCUUAGCAGACAUAUGACAAUACACAUGAACAUGAAACCCUACAAGUGCCCAAUGUGUGAAGAAACCUUCCGGACGAGCCUUCUCUGCAGAAAACAUGUGAAGAAGGAUCACACUGCCUUAGGAGUCAGGGUUAUGUCUAUUGAAGAUGAAAACUCAGAAAGAUCUUUGAUGAGAAAAAAUCGAACAGGAAUCAUCACUUUCACAGAGGAGCAAGCAGCAGAACUUGCCAAAAAUGAACCACGUGAAGAUGCCACAAUUUCUGAAAAGGUCUUGGCCCAGUCAGCAGCUGAGAGAAAUCGUAUUAGUGAAAUCAAAGACAAAGCAGUUGAAAUGGAAACUGAGCCCAAAUAUGCCAACUGCUGCACUUUCUGCCCUAAGAGUUUUAAGAAACCCAGUGAUCUGGUGAGGCAUGUUCGCAUCCACACAGGAGAAAAGCCAUACAAAUGUGAUGAAUGUGGGAAAAGCUUCACUGUUAAAUCCACUCUGGACUGCCAUGUCAAGACACAUUCAGGCCAAAAACUUUUCAGCUGCCAUAUGUGCAACACAUCAUUUUCAACGAAAGGCAGCUUGAAAGUCCACAUGCGGUUGCACACGGGCUCUAAACCAUUCAAAUGUCCCUUCUGUGAACUGCGAUUUAGAACAUCUGGACAUCGGAAGACACACAUACAGUGCCACUACAAGCCAUCUUCUGAGCCUAAGAAGAGCAAGAAACCUGUGGACCGGCAGCACACUGAGGCUCUCCCACCCGUUAGCCUGCUUAAUUCAUCACAUGGUGAUCCCAGUGUGUUUAUUACAAGCAACCCUGUUCUUACCAGUCAAUUUGAGCAAAAUUUGCUACAACAAGGCAUUGUUGGACAAGCCAUUCUUCCUGCUUCUAUGUCAGCAGGUGGUGAUCUUACCGUUUCACUUACGGAUGCUGGCUUAGCUACAUUGGAAGGAAUUCAGCUGCAGUUAACGGCAACUAACCUGGUGGGACCAAAUGUCCAAAUUUCAGGCAUUGACACCACAAAUAUUAACAACAUAACACUACAGAUAGAUUCAAGUAUUUUACAGCAGACAUUGCAGCAGGGGAGUAUACUGUCCCAUCAGUUAACAGGUGACACCAGCCUAUCACAGACCACUGGACCUCAUCUUCAGGCAGGGGAUUCUACAGUUCCUGCCAAUGUGGUCAUACAGCCACUCACUGGUUUGUCUUUACAGCCAACUGUGACAUCUGCCAAUAUGACAAUAGGAAGUUUGACUGAACAAGACUCUGUCCUGAGUACCUCUAACAGUGGUACUCAAGACCUUUCACAAGUCAUGACCUCACAGGGUCUGGUGACGCCUAACAAUCAACAUGAGAUAACAUUAACAAUCAAUAACUCCAGUCUCAGUCAGGUCCUUGCUCAGGCUACCAGUUCAAAUGCCACUAAUUCAUCACCAGCCCAACAGGAGAUUACACUCACCAUCUCAGGUCAAGAUAUAAUCCAACAACAUAAUAGUUCAGGAGGUGCUGAUCUCAACGGCAGCAUUAGAUUGACAUCACCAAUGAAUAAUCAAAACAGUGGAACCACUUUAACAAUUGGAAAUGACCAACUUCUACCUCAUAGUCCAACAAGUGCUGGAAUGACUGGCAAUAGCCUACCACCUGCAACAUCUCUCUCCCAAGCUCCAGUCACAUCUCAGAAUCUUGUCAUGUCCUCUGCUGGUGUGGCCAGUGAUGGCAGUGUCACACUGAUGUUAGCAGACACUCAAAACAUGCUGUCAGGAAGUCUUGACUCUGUAACACUUAACAUUACUCCUCAGGGUCAGCAGUUCCCUACAAUUCUGGGUGACACAAGUCUCUCUGCACAGUCUGGAGGAGCACAGCAGCAAGUUAUUCUGGUCAGUCACCCUGCUCAAGCUUCAUCCGUGACUGCAGAUGAGACAACAGCCUACCGGGUCACCGAAGUGUCAAGGAAGGAUGGCCAGACAGAUCAGUCCAGGUUGCUUAACCAGUGUUUCUAUUGUAAUCAAGUGUUUCUGACACCAAUUAUGCUGCGGCGCCACUACCGACAUGCCCAUGGAAAGGAGAGAUGUCAUGUUUGCCGAAUAUGCAAUAAAGCUUUCAAGAGGGCUACACAUCUUAAGGAACAUGAACACACUCAUCAGGAUGGACCCUCUCUCAGCUCGCAGAGACCUCGUAUUUUUAAAUGUACAUCUUGUGACAAGGCUUUUGCUAAACCAAGUCAGCUGGAGAGGCAUAACAGAACUCAUACUGGCGAACGGCCUUUUCAGUGUUCUCAAUGUGAAAAAGCUUUUAACCAGAAAAGUGCACUUCAGGUACACAUGGUCAAGCAUACUGGAGAGAAGCCUUAUAAGUGUGAAAUUUGUGCAAUUGGGUUCACACAGAAGAGCAAUAUGAAGCUUCAUAUGAAGAGAUCACAUGGAUAUGCUGUGGGAACCGGACAGGAAAUUACAAUUGAACAAGAUCAAGAAGCAGAUGACAACAGUCGAGAGCUUGACUUGGAAGAGGUUGUCCAGGAAUCAGCCACUGACUGGCCAUGUGGAAUUACCAAUGUGUUUCGAUGAGUUUGCUCAUCAGCUUAAAAACUAUGAAACUGGCUUAAUCAAACAGCCUAUCAACCAAACAAAUAGCGGCACUACUCUGUUUGAGAUCAGAACUAUUUUUUUAUAGAAUUUAAAACCAGUAAUACAGUAUUACAAUUUUUUCAACCAGAUACCUGGUAUUUACAAUGCAAAAUGUUGUAAGAUACAUAUAUUAAAGGGUCAGAAUUAAACUGAACAUGUUUUUCAGAACUGUCAGAGUAAUGAACGUUGUUUUAAUAUCUGUUAAUUAGUGACUUUCCUCUAAUUAUGUCGAUCGUUUUAUAUGCACAUGAUAAUAUUUCCUUUCUGCUCUAGACAGCUGUGUUCAUACAGUAAAAGAAAAGGCACUUAAAUUGAAAUGAAGCUUUUCAGGCAGGUGUACACAGACUCACAAUUUCCUGAUGCCCUGUUAGUAUUCUUCAGAUAUAGCAGUGCUGCAUUGCUGAUUUCAAUACAGAUGCAGCAAAACAGCUAUAUGGAAAAGAAUAUUUUUAACAAGACACUUGUGUGGCUUUGUCUCAAGGCAGAUGGAAAGCAGAGGUCAGACAGAUCAGGUAAAAAUAAUUUUAAUUUCAUACUGGAAAAAAUCACAUUUUUAAAAGCUAGCUGUAACACAUACAUACGCAUACACACACACACACACACACACACACGCACACACACACACACACA